AUGGCUGGCGAGCGGGAAACGUCGACUCAAAAUAAACAAAUCCUCAAGCGGCUCCUGGCGGAUCCAGCUAACAAAACCUGUGCAGACUGUAAAACUGCCACCCAUCCUCGCUGGGCAUCAUGGAAUCUUGGAGUAUUUCUGUGCAUCCGCUGCUCUGGCGUCCACCGCUCGUUGGGAACCCAUAUCUCCAAAGUGCGGUCUGUAGACCUUGACUCGUGGACGGACAUGCAUUUAGAGCAAAUGGUUAAGUGGGGUAACCAAAAAGCGAAUAUGUAUUGGGAGUCUAAGCUUGGGCCGAAGUACGUGCCAGAUUCCUCGAAGAUUGUCAAUUUUAUCAAGACGAAAUAUGAAUUAAAGCGUUGGGUUUCUGGGCCUGUUCUGCCAGAUCCUACAUCGUUUGAUUCUGUGACGAAUACUAUAACCUCCGAAGAUAUACCAUUGUCUAAAGUUAAGCAGACUUUGGCACCUACACCCUCUAACAGCAAUGUGCGAACUAUUGACCUUUUGGGAUCGUAUGACACCAAUACUGAGCCUGCGCGGUUAGCCCCGGCAGUUAUUUCUGUAAUGCCAUCUUUGCUCGAUUUUGAUUCACCUACUACCCCUUCUCAAUCCGUGCCUCCCCCACAAACUUCGACCAAUCGCACUGAGCGACUUGGUUCUGGACCGCGUGUGGCCACGUCAAAAACGGGCCCUCUGUUAGCCAGACCACGAGUUGUCACUAACGUACAGACCUCAUCAGACGCUGCUCAAGAGCAACGUUCCAACGUCCCUGUAAACUCGGCUCAAACCAGUUCAGCCCCGCUGCCCUCGCAAAGGGUCGACCUCAAAAAAAGUAUACUUUCUCUCUAUGCCCAGAAACCGACUCCUAGUCCUCAACCGACCCAUAAAUCGCAAGCUCCCGUCGCAAAACAGGUGCAUUCAUCUGCUAGCUCUGGCCCGGUAGAUCUUGCAGAUAUGCAGUAUGGUAGUUGGAGUACAACUUCCAAGCCGACACAGGCAUCUUCCUUAGUGGACUCUCUUUCCGGUUUGUCUUUUCAGCCCUCGACCCUUUCGUCAUCAACCGCUGUAAAUAACAAACCUGCUGAGGUGACGUUCACGUCCCAGUCGCUGAUCGCAGGCCCAAAUGUGCUUGUCGAUGCCGACAAGUUCCCUGCGACUACCCCUGAGGAAACCACUGCUGUAGCUCCCGAACCCGACGAUGGCGAUAUUUUCGCUAACGUAUGGAAAUAG